CUCUCACAACAGUCGGCAUACACAAUGGCAAAGAUAUUCCCAGCGGACAGUCCAUUGUGCAAUCUCUUUGGCACUGCGCCAAAGAAGCCGACCCAAAAUGUCUUCUCAGAUCCGGAAUCGCCUCCCAAAACGAUCACAGACUAUCCCCAGCCUCGUGACAGUCCCUACGCCAGUCCUGUCAACCACAUUACAAUCGGCCGUACCACCUACGCUAUACCCGAAUACUACGUCCUCAAAAUCCCCAACUUGAAAUUCGCCUACAUGAAGGAAUUCGCCCUCGAAGAAAUGUACGCCGACAUUGGACAUACCUUCAUUCACUAUCUCUACACUGGGGAUUAUGAAACCCUCGCCGCAUCUCCUAACGUCCCUCCCUCCAAAGCCCGAGCUCGGGAAUUCAAACGCAGCGUGUACGCCUUCCACAUGGCUCAGCGACACCAGAUCCAGGGACUGCUGGAUCACGCACAGCGCUAUAUGCAUACCUUUGUCGACUCCGUGUCAACACUGGAACUACUCAAGAUUGCGCGGGAGGUGUAUGCUACUAUGUUCACUGGUAAAAAGUGGUUUGAGGAGUUCGUGUACGAUCAACUUGCUGGAGCGUUCAAAGCCGGAGAAGAACAGUUCAGAAACGAUAUUCUGAAGUAUGGUGUGGGAAGCGAUGCAAAAUUCGAUCAAUUUGUACUGGAUAUCGUCUUGAAGAUCUACUCCGGGAGCAUUGCCAGGUUGACCAAGGCGACUACCAACGGCCCAGCAGCCAGCCGUGCUGCCUUCGUGUCUGACGAGGAUGCUUCUACUGACCAGACAACUCUUGUUUCUGACAGCAAUGACACUAAGAGCGACCCGGAAGCUAGCGUGGAUGGCUCGGAUGGGGGUGUCAAGGAUUCUACACCCCCCGACACCGUGCUUGAACUACCAGAAGAGAAACCCAAGUCUCCAUCUCCUGCUCCAGCUUCACCUCUCUCAUUUACCUUCCGGUCACCGCAGCCAACAGAGGCAAAGUCAGAGCCGGGACCCACACUAAAGGAGACUUCAAAGCCUGCGACAUGUUCAAAGCCCGUUCCGGAAAAAGCGGCCCCGGUACAUCUGGAGAAAGCUCCUCAGCCAGAGAAGACGACGCAGCCAGAGAAAGCAACACAGCCAGACGAAGAGAUACAGCCAGAGAAAGCCUCGUUCGAUAAGCCAGAUCCGAAUUCAAAAUUCCACCCAAGGAGCGGAGCGCAAACACCAGAGAAUGCCCCCGGCGAUGAUUCGAGCCCCCACAAGAAGUCAAAAAAGAAGAGGGGAGGCAAGAAGAAAUCCGGUAACCCGAAUACACUAUCGUCUGGCAACCCGAGCGCUCAACUGUCUGGAAACUCGAAUACACCAUCGAAUCCUGUUGCUGGCACACCCAACAAGUGGGCUCCCAAGUGGAAGGCAGAAUCGAUUUCGUUCUUUUAGCAAUCACGAACGCUAGCGUCCGGACGAGCUG